UGGGAGUUCCUCCUUUCGCCAUUCCGGGGUGUCGCCGCACCACAGAGCGCACUGAGGGAGUCCUGCGAAGAGAGGCAGCCUAGUACGCUCCAGGCCUCUUCACACCUUCAUCCAGGCCACACGGUGCCCCAGCAUGCCCCAGAAGACAGGUAUCCGCUCAUUAUUUCCCCAGAGACCCGCCGCAGACCUCCCCAGCAGCCCCGUUUGAAAGAUUACGAAGACACCGAGGGAUGCUACUGCAGCAAACGCACCCCGCAACUGCAAACAUUCUCGACGUCUGCCCGAGGACCAGAUACAUUUGGUUGGCCCCUGACAGAAGCCCCCGAGGAUGUCCGACAGCGGUGCGAGCAUGAACUCCGACGAUCGGCCGGUUAAAACGGUCCCCUUCCCUCUGAGCCACAGGCUCUCCAUGAAGGAGGUGUUUGACUGUGAGGGGAAGCCCAGAGUAGACCUGCUAAAAGCCCACCUCACCAAGGAGGGUCGUCUGGAGGAGGUGGUGGCCCUACGUAUCAUCAAUGAGGGAGGCGCCAUCCUGCGCCAGGAGAGGACCAUGCUGGAUAUAGAGGCCCCAGUCACAGUGUGUGGAGAUGUCCACGGUCAGUUCUUUGACCUGAUGAAGCUGUUUGAGGUGGGCGGUUCCCCCGCGACGACACGCUACCUCUUCCUAGGGGACUACGUGGACCGGGGCUACUUCAGCAUUGAGUGUGUGUUGUAUCUGUGGUCGUUGAAAAUCCUCUACCCAAAGACGUUAUUUCUUCUAAGAGGAAACCAUGAAUGUAGACACUUGACAGAAUAUUUCACUUUCAAAACAGAAUGUAAAAUAAAAUACUCUGAGCAGGUGUAUGACUCGUGUAUGGAUGCGUUUGACUGCCUGCCGCUGGCUGCUCUGAUGAACCAGCAGUUCCUGUGUGUCCAUGGAGGGCUCUCGCCAGAGAUCCACACGCUCGACGACAUCAAAAAGCUGGACAGGUUCAAGGAGCCUCCAGCGUUCGGACCCAUGUGUGACCUGCUGUGGGCCGACCCACUGGAGGACUUUGGCAACGAGAAAACACAAGAAUACUUCGGCCACAACACAGUCAGGGGCUGCUCCUACUUCUACAGUUACCCUGCGGUGUGUGAGUUUCUACAGACCAACAACUUAUUGUCUGUCAUCAGAGCACAUGAAGCGCAGGAUUCUGGGUACCGGAUGUACAGAAAGAGUCAGACUACAGGCUUCCCCUCCCUCAUCACCAUCUUCUCAGCACCUAACUACCUGGACGUCUACAACAACAAAGCGGCGGUUCUGAAGUAUGAGAACAACGUGAUGAACAUCCGCCAGUUCAACUGUUCCCCUCAUCCCUACUGGCUGCCCAACUUCAUGGAUGUCUUCACCUGGUCCCUGCCCUUCGUUGGAGAGAAAGUGACAGAGAUGCUGGUGAAUGUUCUCAGUAUCUGUUCAGAUGAUGAGCUCAUGGAGAAUGACGGAGAGGAAGAGGUCUAUGAUGCCAAUGCAGCGGCAGCUAGGAAAGAGGUGAUCAGGAACAAGAUCCGUGCCAUAGGGAAGAUGGCCAAAAUGUUCCAAGUGUUACGGGAGGAGAGUGAGAACGUACUGACCCUGAAGGGACUGACACCCACUGGCAUGCUGCCCAGUGGAGUUCUGUCAGGAGGCAAGCAGACUCUGCAGAGCGCUACCAUUGAGGCCAUUGAAGCCAUCGAUCCUGUUGAGGACUCAGAAGCGACCCGAGGCUUCUCUCCUCAACAUAAGAUCAAUAGCUUUGCGGAGGCCAAGGGUCUGGACCGGAUCAACGAGCGCAUGCCCCCCCGCCGUGACGCCGUCAACAGUGUGGGUGUCUCCAUGGGCCGCAUGAACAUGGGGGAGCCCAACGGCACCGACAACAACAGCAAUAUACAGUGAUGCACACACACACAUUUAUACAUAAACACUAAUACACACACUUAGAUAUAAAGUACAUACUCACACAUACACACAUUUAUACAUAAACACUAGUACACACACUUAGAUAUAAAGUACAUACCCACACAUACACACAUUUAUACAUAAACACUAGUACACACACUUAGAUAUAAAGUACAUACCCACACAUACACACAUUUGACUUACACACUUAAAUUAAAACACACUUACGGUAAACACAUACUUAGACAUACACUUAAACAGGGAUCAUACAGAAAACACAGUAAACAUAUAGAUCUACACGUAUACACUAAUGGUACACACACCAUCCUCCUCCCCCUACCCUGGCCUGUUGCCCCCCAGCCCUUCUCUCUACCCGUGUGACAAGACUGUGCCAUGGAUGGAUCAGACCUCCUAUUGGACAAACUGUACUGCAGGUUCCAUCAUUCCCUGACCUGGUCACACACUACUACAGACCCCUGACCACCUGACCACACUACACUACGGAACACUCUACUGGACGUUCUGGAACACUCCAAUGCAAAACAAAGAGCUACUGUUCUGUUCUAAUUGUGUAGUGCGGCUGACUGGGUGACAGAUGUUACCUUUCUGUUGUGUUGGGGGCAGAGGGAGGGUGGGGCUGACUGGGUGACAGAUGUUACCUUUCUGUUGUGUUGGGGGCAGAGGGAGGGUGGGGCUGACUGGGUGACAGAUGUUACCUUUCUGUUGUGUUGGGACAGGGGAAGGGUGGGGAUUGGGGAGUGAAGGCAUGUAGGUGAGAGGUCGACGGGAGCUGAAGUGGCAUGCGGGGGAGGUACUACCUGUCCGUGAUUUACAGUUUCCUCUUCUCAUUUUAAAACAGGAAGUUGUGUCAUCCCUGUCGGUGGUUUACUUCAUUCAUUUUAUUUUAUAAGAUAUCUAGAUAGGGUGAUGGAUCGUUGUCAUGGCGUCUGUGAGUUUAUUUGUGUAUGCGUUUGCAUCUGCGUGUGAAAUUUGAAUGCCAUUUUCAUCUGCAAACAUACAUGGUAGUGCUUUCGAAUAUGUUUUGCUACUAGUACUAUAUGAUAAUAACAGGACAUUGAAAUUAAACAUACUAUUUAUUAACUUCAAGGAAAAGAUGAAGUUGUCAGAAGGUUCAAAAUGCAGUCUUAUUACCUGAGUGUUCUCCAUCUUAUUAAGCCAAUAUGCUCCACUGGCCAGUUAGCCAGUGCUGAGGUGGCACACAGAGUUCACAGAGUUCACAGUACACUCACUACACCCCCUAAAGUCCCCCUAAAGUCAGAUAAACAAAACUGACCGUUCAUCACAUUUAGGGGCAAUGUCUGUCUGUUCCACUCUUAUGUUCUAUUGCUGCCAAGUCAGAUGAUUUCCAAAACUGAUCUUAUUUCAGUUUUAAGGACACCUUUUUACCACUGUUACAUAUUUUACUUGCUGGGACUAUCUACACUUUUAUGUUCUAUUGCUGCCAAGUCAAUCAUAGAAAUAGAAAGCAUAGAAUGGACACCUGUAUGUUUGUUGGCAUGCAAUCAGAAUCAGCAAUGAGUGAUGUCUGUUCUAUGCAUUCCAUUUCUAUGGUGUCCUCUUAUGUGCUGUCCAGUAGCCUAUAACCUGUGUCGGCUGUACUGGAGUAAGUCCCUAUAUAUGCUGUUUUGUUCUACUUUGAAAAUGAAAUGGUGUUUUUGGCUGAGUGUGAACAGUGACUAACAGAAGGUUAUUUAUUUGUAAAGCAUUUAUAAACGCAUCAGUGCAUGCAAUUAAGUUAUUUGAUAAUAAUAAUGUGAAAUUCUAUUUGUGCCGUGUUUCAGUAUGGUAAGUUAUUUUUAUCUUCUUGCUUCAAAUGAACUAAGGGAUGAUAUUUAUUUGUGAAAAAAACAUUUUCCAGUUUUUAUUUUAUUUGGGGAUUUCGUUUUUUAUUUCAUUUGAGGUUUUUCAUGACUGUAUUAUGAGUUCAUGUAUUAUUUUAUUUUGAUGCUGUACAGACUAGACGUUUGUAUGAGGUGCCAUGCGUUGUAACUCUAUCGCUCCUCUCUGAUGUGCAGGAGUUAUUUUGAAACCUACACUUAGAAAAAAGGGUUCCAAAAUGGAUCUUCGGUUGUCCCUAUAGGAGAACCCUUUUCGGUUCCAGGUGGAACCGUUUUUGCUUCCAGGUAGAACUUUUUUGGGUUCCAUGUAGAACCCUCUGUGGAAAGGGUUCUAAAUGGAAUUCAGAAAGGUUCUACCUGGAACCAAAAAGGGUUCUUCAAAGGGUUCUCCUAUGGGGACAGCCAAAGAACCCUUUUAGGCACUAGAUAGCACUUUUUUUCUAAGAGUGUACAAUAGUGUGAAUGAAUAACCGUACUAUAAAAAGACACAGACUUACAUUCAGGCAGCCAAAGCAUGAUUGCAUGGAAAACUCAUCUGUAAAAGCAGACACAGUUACAGAAGUUGUCUCACACAUUUUAAAGGAAAAGUGUAUUCUCUAAUCAUAAUUCUUAAAUUAUAUUCUUGUUAUUUAAUAUUAUUAUUAUUAUAUUUAUGAUUAACAUUAUUCUUAAGCUCUCUGCUAAUUGCUCUUGCGUUUUGCUGAUCCUUGUUUGGUCUCAUUGUGCUUUAUUUUGAGAGGUGAACUUACCGGAGACCUCGUGCCAUAUAGUUUGUGCCAUGGUUCUCUCUCGGACUCCCUUAUUACACAAACUGUAAGCAUGCCCCAUGGGACAAACCACUUUUUUACUCUUGAAUAAAAUAUGCAUGAACCUUUGGCAUA